AUGUCAAAUGCAGCAGCCUCUUCAAGCGCGGAGAGCGUGGUCACGCUGGAAAUGAUCAACAAGCUGCAGCAGGAGGUGCUGGACAACAAUCCGAUCUACAAGUAUCUUUUGUCUGACCUGGUGAUCAAAACCGUCUCCUCCGGCUACAUUGAAGCGCAUGUACCCGUCUCUCGGACGCUCAUGAACAGCAAAAACAUCCUGCACGGUUCAACGUCGGCGACAAUCAUUGACUGGAUCGGUGGCAUUGUCGUCGCCUCGACCUCACCCGAUCGAUUCAAGAAGCGUGGUGUAUCGGUCGACAUCCACGCAACAUACGUCGGAGCAGCGAAAGAAGGCGAUGUGUUGAUCGUCAAGGGGAAAAGUAAUAAAAUUGGCAGGAACUUGGCGUUCAUCGACGUAGAGAUCUUGAGUAGAAAACCGGGUGGAAGCGAGUCGGGCGAGGAUGACAAGGUGAUUGUCAGUGGGAGCCAUACCAAGUAUGUCGGAUAG